GCUGUAAGUGGAAAUCCGCCUAUAUUAUGUAAAUUUUUGCGAAGGAUCACCGAUCAUCCCUUUUGUCAAGUAAACAAGCUGUAAUGUCAUCAAGGCGGUAAUGUCCCACGAGACUUGGAAAUACAGGUUACGCCGCUGCAUGAGACGUUUGUGCAUGAUACGGAAAGUACUGAGUUGUUUUCAUGAUGGAUUCAAACGUUGAGUCAGAAUCAGUGAUUCCUGUUCUCGAAGUUCGUGUAUUGGACAUUAACAAGAAAACCAGUUUUCGUCUUCGACGUAUCACAGAAUUCCCUGUGAAUAAUACAAUUAGCGAGUUAAGAGAGGCGCUGAUAAAUAAUAUGCCGGAUGUUCCGCACGUGGACAAAUCGCAAUUCGGAUACAUACUUGAGAGAAACAAGAAAUUUACGAUCGCUACCGAUAGUGAACUACAGAAGGCAAAUGAAUAUUUCAUUGCUGGGUACCAGAUGUGGCUCGACCCAACACCACAGCAGCCGAGCAAAAAAUCUUCGCAGGCUAAAUCCAAUCCUCAAAGAGAAGUUGCAGGUUGCCAGGUGCCUCAAGCAAGCCACGAAGAAAAAAUAACGAGAGAAAUAAGCGAAAUCCAGAAAAUACAUGGCACCGAUUUGCCUCCUUACAAGUAUAGGUUAUGGGCAGAAAUGAUUUUCCAAUGUCAGUAUUGGAUCGCAGACAGUUACAGAUUGCAAGGUCCUAGUUUUAAAUGUGUGUAUGUUGCUCCGCAGUUGGUAGGCACAGCAAGUCGCGACAAAUUACCCGAUGCUCCAAUGUUUAGUGCAACACCAGCGAAAAGGCCAAGAAGAGAAAAUUGGUGUGAUAAGCUUACCACCGUUGGCGAGACGGUUGCCCAUGCAUUGUCCGCUGCAGUAGAGGGGAAAAGCAAAACUACCGUGAACAGAAAUAACGAAGAAGGAAACACCGACAAAAUGUCAAAAGUGGCAGUCCGUUCAGAAGUUAUAAAGCAAAUUAGGGAAUUUUUUGAUCUAAAACAGUUGGGUGCCAUCACAGAAGAUGAAUAUGAAGCCAAAAAGGCACUAUUGUUGCAAGACAUACAUGUGUAAGAAAUACUUAACCAAGCUACACUUGUUUGCCAAUGUUUAAUUAUCGUUAAUUUGAAUUUUGAAGUAUGUUUAAAUAUUGUUAAAUAAAACGUUUAUAUAAGUAAAAGCACAUGAUUUCUGUAAUGCAAAGAUUUAUUAUUUAUGUAAGAAAUACAAUAUUUUAAUGCAAAUAUUUUAUUAUUUAUAUAUUGUGAAAUUUUACGUAUUUGCGAGAAAU